CCGCCCCCCCCCGUCCGCGGGCGGCUCUCGCGAGAGCGCCGUGAUUUCUCUCCUACGUGCCGUGCCGUGCUGCUCAUGGCGGCGCUGGAGCGGGGGCGCUGAGCUGUUGGGUAUGAAGUGGAACAGAACAGAAUUUACCACCUGAAACUGCUGCUUCAAGUUCAGAUCAGGAAAAGAAUAUAAGUAUACCACAUUGUAACAACUCAAGACCAAAGAAGAGGCAACUUACACUGAAGAAGAUACAAGGCUUGAUCUGAAACAAGAAGUUUGUGCCUACUCAACAGCUUCAAAAGAGCACGUCCCGACGCUGCUAUAGUAGUCUUUGUUUUCUCCAGUGCUGUAGUGAAACUGCCCAGGGCAGCAGCACUUGUAUUCUCUAGAGCUUGAUAGAUCACCUUCUUUUGCUAUCUUUUUCUUUCUCUUUUUUGUCUCUCUUCCUUUUGUUCCCUUUUUUAAAAUAAUAGCAGUCUUCAUCCUUAGAAACUUGUGCUGAAACAGAAGAAUCGGCAAAUACUACUGAAAGUGCAAUAUUUGAAUAUCACUGCGAGAUGAGCUUUGAUCCAAACCUGCUCCACAACAAUGGACACAACGGGUACCCCAACGGUACUUCGGCAGCGCUGCGCGAGACCGGGGUCAUCGAGAAGCUGCUGACCUCGUACGGCUUCAUCCAGUGCUCGGAGCGGCAGGCCCGGCUCUUCUUCCACUGCUCCCAGUACAACGGCAACCUGCAGGAGCUCAAAGUAGGAGAUGAUGUUGAGUUUGAAGUGUCUUCUGAUCGCCGAACUGGAAAACCCAUUGCUAUUAAACUGGUGAAGAUAAAACCAGAAAUAUUACCUGAAGAACGAAUAAAUGGACAAGUUGUGUGUGCUGUUCCUCACAAUUUAGAGAGUAAAUCUCCAGCUGCCCCGGGUCAAAGUCCAACAGGGAGUGUUUGCUACGAACGUAAUGGGGAAGUAUUUUACCUGACUUACACCCCAGAGGAUGUUGAAGGAAAUGUACAGCUGGAAACAGGAGAUAAAAUAAACUUUAUAAUUGAUACAAAUAAACAUACUGGUGCUGUAAGUGCUCGUAACAUUAUGCUAUUAAAAAAGAAACAAGCCCGCUGUCAAGGAGUAGUCUGUGCCAUGAAAGAAGCCUUUGGAUUUAUUGAGAGAGGUGAUGUCGUGAAGGAGAUAUUCUUUCAUUAUAGUGAAUUUAAAGGUGACCUAGAAACCUUACAGCCUGGUGAUGAUGUGGAGUUUACAAUCAAAGACAGAAAUGGUAAAGAAGUUGCAACAGAUGUUAGACUGCUGCCUCAAGGAACUGUCAUUUUUGAAGAUAUCAGCAUUGAACAUUUUGAAGGAACUGUAACCAAAGUAAUUCCAAAAGUACCCAGCAAAAACCAGAGCGAUCCGUUACCCGGCCGCAUCAAAGUGGACUUCGUGAUUCCUAAAGAGCUUCCCUUUGGAGACAAGGAUACAAAAUCCAAGGUGACCUUGCUGGAGAGUGACCACGUUCGGUUCAACAUUUCCACGGACAGGCGCGACAAACUGGAGCGCGCCACCAACAUUGAGGUUCUCCCCAACACUUUCCAGUUUACUAAUGAAACCAGAGAAAUGGGUGUGAUUGCAGCAAUGAGGGAUGGCUUUGGCUUCAUUAAGUGUGUGGACAGGGAUGCUCGGAUGUUCUUCCACUUCAGUGAGAUCAUGGAUGGAAAUCAGCUCCAUAUUUCUGAUGAAGUAGAGUUCACCGUCGUUCCUGAUAUGCUGUCUGCCCAAAGGAACCACGCCAUAAGGAUUAAAAAGCUUCCCAAGGGCACGGUUUCCUUCCACACCCAGUCAGAACAUCGCUUUGUGGGCACUAUAGACAAAGAAGCCACUCCAGCCAAAGCCACUAGCCCAAAUAAAGGCAAAGAGAAGGAAGCUGAGGAUGGAAUAAUUGUGUAUGAUGACUGUGGAGUAAAACUGACCAUUCCUUACCAGGCCAAGGAUGUGGAAGGAUCUACUAAUCCCCAGAUAGGAGAUAAGGUUGAGUUCUGUGUGUGUGAAGUGAAGAGAACCGGGCUGCAGACGGCUGUUUCUGUCAGGAUGCUGGGACGUAACUACAGCUCCAAGAGGCUCUUGGGAUACGUGGCAGCCCUGAAAGAUAACUUUGGGUUUAUUGAAACAGCCAAUCAUGAUAAGGAGAUCUUCUUCCACUACAGUGAAUAUUGUGGUGAUAUCGAUAGCCUGGAACUUGGAGACACUGUGGAAUACAGCUUGUCAAAAGGCAAAGGAAACAAAGUUAGUGCAGAGAAAGUAAACAAAACACAUGCAGUGAAUGGUAUCACUGAAGAAGCUGAUCCAACUGUUUACUCUGGUAAAGUAAUUCGUCCCUUGAGGAGUGUAGAUCCCACACAGACAGAGUACCAGGGCAUGAUUGAAGUCAUGGAGGAUGGUGAGAUGAAAGGAGAGGUCUAUCCCUUUGGAAUUGUUGGCAUGGCAAACAAAGGUGACUGCCUGCAGAAGGGGGAGACAGUAAAGUUCCAGCUGUGUGUGCUGGGUCAGAACGGGCAGACGAUGGCUGUGAACAUCACCCCGUUCCGCAGGGCCACCGUGGAGUGCGUCAAGGACCAGUUUGGUUUCAUUAACUAUGAAGUUGGUGACAGCAAAAAGCUCUUCUUCCACGUCAAAGAAGUCCAGGAUGGUGUGGAGCUCCAGGCUGGGGAUGAAGUGGAGUUCUCCGUAAUCCUGAACCAGCGCACAGGAAAAUGCAGUGCCUGUAACGUGUGGCGUGUCUGCGAAGGCGCCAAGGCCGUGGCUGCUCCGCGUCCCGAUAGACUCGUGAACCGUUUAAAGAGCAUCAACCUGGACGAUGCCAACGCCCCGCGGCUCACGGUGCUCCGCCAGCCCCGCGGCCCCGACAACUCAAAGGGAUUUGGUGCAGAGAGAAAGAUCCGCCAGGCUGGUGUUAUAGACUGAUCCCAACCCCACGGCGACGUUGGGCCGCGCGGUGGGGCUGGCGAAGGGUACUGAAUAUCUCCCUGUUCACCCCUUCCUCCAAAUUCUCAGAAGCUAUUCCACCAGUUUUAACACCUUCUCAUGUUAUGUUUAAAAUUAAAUUUACGAAACCAUUUUAAAUUUCUGCACAGUUGCAUUCUGGAGAACUUUAAGGUGGCGCCUUAUAGUAUCACAUUUUAGAAGCUUGUUUUGAAUGGUGCAUUUAACGCAACUGGUAACUGCAAUCUCCAUUGCCUCUGUGAGUAAACAUAGACAGCUCUGCUCGGGCAGACCUUGUGGAAUUCUGCACUACAGUUAUUAUGCUUUAUCCUUGUUUUUGGCCAAGGUUUAUUAUGCCUUAGUGCUCAGUUGCAUUAUCUUCCUUCCCAAGUGGAAGGAAAGACUCACUUCAGCUCACUCUGCUCAAAUUCUGAGGACCAUGUGAGGGUGGAAUAAGUUCAGUUUCUAUCAGAUCUCCGCAGACAUUCGGAUACCUGGAGUUGAUGGCCAAAUGUUACAGUGUUUUCCUAGUUCAUUUAACUUGACUCCUUUAGCCAGCCCUUAGAGCUCGGUGCAAGUCUCUCCCAGGGUCGGUGGAUUUUGUAGUGUUCUGGAACAGACAGUGCAGAAUUUCAUAAGGCUGAGGUGUGCCAUCAGUGUGGUAAUUUAAAUAUAUUUAAAACAAUGCACAAAUCUGCUGCUGCUUAGAACACUGCAGCUUCUAAACCCAGUUUCUUUUACUGAUUUAAAUUUAAAAAGAAAGAAGUUGUGCCUGAAGUGGAUACAUUUUUUUUUUGUUCUUUUUGCAGCCGGCACCCAGUGUACUGUAAGAGAAUAAAUACUUAGGCUUUCCAUAGCUGUAUUGAGACUUUCAUCAAGGUGAAUAGUUGAUGUCUGUGUGCUUUUUUUUUUGGUUUUUUUUUCUUUUUUUUUUUUGUUUUUGGUUUUUGUUUUGUUUUGCGUUUUUCUGUGGUUUUUUUUUUUUUUCCCCCUCCCCUGCCCCCCCUCCUCCAUUUCCUCAGUCACACUUUAUCUAGCAAGAAAACUGAAUGAUUGGUCUAAGUAUUACUUUAACCAAAAAGAUCAGGAGUUACUUUUCGGAAUAGAGGGCAGUACUGUGGUUUGGCUUUUCGUUUUUUUGGUCUUUUUUUUUUUUUUUUUUUUUUUUUGGUUUGGUUUGGUUUGUUUUUUUUUCCUUUGGUUCAUUUCCCCCCCCCCCCCCCCCCCCCCCUUUUUUUUUUUUUGGUUUUUUUUUUUUUUCAUGUUACCUCUAUUCUCAAUUUAGGGUUUUCUUCUCUGGGAGAUGCAUUAUCUUUGUAAAACAAAACAUUGCUUUCUCCAAUUUUUUUUUUUCUGUUAAUGGCAAAGAAUGGAAAUAGAAUAAAGUUUUACUGAUUUUGAA